GCAGACCAAAAUUAAUUCAACAUAACCUAGAAAACUAGUUGUCAAAAUUCAGAGGAAAUUUAGCUUUUCUCGGGUUAAAACGUAAUCAAAUUGUAUUAAAUCAUAGUGGGGCCCCCUUUUCUAUAUAAUGGCUCAUCAGGUCUUAUCGUGGAGCCCAGAUAAGAAACACAGUGACCGUGAAAGAUGGAUUUGUAUUUAUCCUGCGUACGUAAAUAGCAAAAAGACAAGAGUUCAAGGAAGAAGAAUUCCAAAAGAAAAGUGUGUAGAAAAUCCAACACAUGAUGAAAUACGUGACGUGUUAGUAGCAGCUGGUCUUAAAGUAGGUGUCGAAAACAAGCUCUAUAGCCGCGAAAGAAGCAAAGAACCCCUGUUCCGCGGGAGAAUACGUGUUCAACUAAAGACAGACGAUGGAACACCUUACAAUAAUAACUUCCCUUCAAGGGAAAGUUUGUUGUUUCAUAUCGGAGAGAUGAUACCGAAAUUGAAAUCAAGGCAAGUUAAAUCAAGUGGAGAUGUAGGGCAAAGUAGCGGUGGUGGUAAAGGAAAAGGCAAAGGAAAAGGAAGAAGAUAAGAGUUAGUAGUAUUAAAAAUUACUAUUCUAUUUUUGUUAUGAAUACAAUUCACUUAAGUGAUUUUUCUACAAGACAGUUGUGUAAUGUAUGAUAAGGAAUACUAUUGUUUUAAUAUUAUGUUAAUAUUUUCAUGUAUUAUGUCUGGAAUAUGUAGAAUUUAAAUAAAACAGAGGAAAAUAUGAACAU